AUGAGCAAACGCAAAACCAACAGCACCUCACGCACUCCUCUCAUUCAAGACACACACGAAUUUGAAGACAUUUUCCAAAACGUGUUUCAAUUCAUGGAGACUUGUGAAAUUUAUCCACUCCAACAUGUUUCAUCCUUCUUUUUUCAAAUGAUUGAAAAAUUAAAACAAUUCUACAUACGUCCAGUGUAUGAAAUUGGCAUUGUUUCUCAUCACAAAGAACAACUCGAAAGCUUUGUUCGUCAACAACUUGGUUUCUCCCGUGGACUCAUUCCGACUCUCUCUUCGGAAGAAAUUGAAAAAUUGAGAAAACAAAGAACCAAUUCCACCUAUUUACAGUAUGGCUAUUAUGGAUAUCAUCCUUCACAGAGUGACAAUAAUCAAUUCGAUACUUCGGAACUCAAUGAUGGAGAAGCGUUGAAAAAUGUGAAUUUUUCAUCGAGUCAAAUUCAUGUCUUUGAGAGAAUUGAGAGACACAUGAUUUUUAAACAAGAUCGAUUUCGAGUUAUUUUCUUUCCAUUAUUGUGUGAAAAAAAGACAAGUGUUGCUGUGGAUGAUUUUAAUCGAUUGGAAGGAUUCAUCUUUUUAAAACCUGAAAAGUUGGACUCGUUUGAAUCCAUGCCAGAAGGUGCACAAAUUACAUCAAAGUACACACCAUUGGAUCAACCACAGUUGAAAAUGCCUGUCAAGAAAUAUGGCCUUGUGAAUAUGCUUAAAAACGGAACACGAGAACAAAUCAAUAAUUCUUUAUUGGAAUGUCUCAUGUAUAUUAUGCAAAAUUCGAAUCGAUGUCUCAAAUUGGAUCACUCCAUCAGUACCAUGAGAGAAAUGGAUCCAUCCAAUAGUGGUAGUAGUAGUAGUAAUGGUGGCCAUGAACAACAAUUCACAAACAUCAUCUCAAAAACAUCAACAAAUGCCUCUCUCAAAUUAUUAGAUUUAAUUCAUCAUAUCAUUGUUUGCAAAAUGAGUAAUGAAGAACUCUCUCAAUAUUUCACACAAUUAUUUCAAAACAGAUAUUCUCUGUAUCAUUUAUUAAUGACCAAAGACAUUCGAUACAUGACCAAACGAUUAAGUUUUUUUAAUUUACCAUAUCCGACACAAGUGAAACUGUUGAAACGACUCUACAGUGCCUUAAUUGCAACAGUAGAUUCUUUUUCACACAAUGAAGGUGGCUGUGUGAAAAUUAAACAUUCAUCGGAUGAUCUUGUCGUGACACUUUUGCAAGAUUACUUGUACGAAAAGGAUUCGUAUGGAGAUGAAAAGGAAAUGCGUGUUCGAAUGGUUCAAAUUCAUUUUCAUUUAUUGACCGAAAAGGUUGAUUUUGUGUAUGAGGAAAAUUAUGAUGUAUCGAAAAAUUUACGAAAGAAUUGUAUUGUGUGUUGA